UGCAAUCCACUACUACAAUACGGCUAACCAGACCUCCUAUGAACUCUAAACUAAGAAACCAUAAACAAAAGCAAAAGCAGAUUUCAAGGAAUUAAAAGCCUGAGAAUCGGAACCAUAAACUAAGGGAGGUAAAUACGAACCUCAGGGAGACAAAAGUGAGUACUGUGAGGUGCUUUCUGCAAAAGGAGCAAGGAUAUCAGUGAUGAGAACUCAUUGAAACUUUCACUGUAGUGACAGAGUUACAAUUGAGACCAUAACAGAGUUAUAAUUGCACCAGAAAGGAACUGUAGCAGCAGGGAAAUAAAAUCCAAUUGCUUUGACAACCAAGAAAGUAAGCAGCUAUAAUUGUGAAAUCAGACAUUGUCCAUAAAGAAAUCACGAAAUGAUAAUCGGCUUUAACAUAUUGAAUUCUUAGACUUUAUGUGAUUAUUCGUGGUAUGUUUUAGUCAAUUGGUGCUAUUUUAGGGCUCGCUAACCCGAGAAUGGUUGAAAAACCAUUACUGUCUAGUGCCAUGAGUUUGAUGUAUUACAGGGGAAGAGAACACGAAAAAGAAGUUGCACCGACAAACAAUUCUCGAAGCUGGGCUCAAGGCCCAGCUGGAUGGGGAUUAAUGAAAUGGGCCAAAGCCCAUUCGACUGAGGCUCCUUAUGCUGGGCCGGAUUUGCUGGGCCAAAGGUCUUUUGGUCUCAAGGAGUGGGGCGGCUGGGAUUGGAUUGAAAAACAAAAAGGAAAAGGCAAAGCUUCUGGUGGACGGACGAGGGGAAAUAAUUAGAAGGAGGGAACAAAGGAAUUUUGGGGGACGAGGGGAAAUAAUUAGAAGGAGGGAACAAAGGAAUUUUGGGGGACAGAGGCAAAUAAAAGGAGCGGGGGAAUUCUUUGGCCAGGAGACUUUUAAUUGAGUGCGGGGCGAAUUUCUUGUGGAGAAAGAAAGGAAGCGGCGCAGCAGGGCAGCAGGCAAUCAGUCGAUUUCCAUCGGCGAUUGAGUUUUUUUCAAGGCUAGAGCUGAGUUCAACGAGAGCGAUUAGUUGGUUUGAUUUUCUAAACUGAACUAGUUGUGUAUUGUUGAUUUAGAACAUGAUGAACAAAACCCUAUCGAUUUAUCUUAAUUUCGUCAUGAACUAAACCCCAAUUUCUGGGGGAAACACCAUAGGAUGUAGCUAUUUCUUGAUUUGAUGGAUUGAUUUAUGAUUCUUUUCUUCCAAUCUCUAUUGCAUGAAAUUGCUUAAUGCUUUGUGUUGACUGGCCACCAAUACAAUGAAUCGUAGUUGAUUAGGUUAUUAGCGACAGUGAAACCCUAUUAACUGAACAUAUUUCAUGUGACAUAGUAACUUAUCGAAGCGACAGUGGAUUAAAUAAGGUGCUAUGCGGUCUUAAAUAGGAUAUCGAUCUUCAGACUAUAUAGUUAAUUCAUUGAGCUACGACAGUAGGAUUUGAAUUGAUUGUUUAGUACGUAGUAAUUCCCGACAGGGAUAGCUAGCACAUUCGUGAUAUCCUGGCUGUAGAGGUAUGGAUUAAAUUGAUUGGCAUCUGUGAAUUAAUCUGGAUAGGAUAGGUAGUGAAUCCCGGUGUUUCUCCCAGAGCUUUCUCCCAUUGAUUUAAACCCGACACUUUAAUUUGCUUGUUUAGUUAAUUUUGCUAGUAGUUAAUAAUCUCAUAAAAUCAUUUUCACCUAUAGUUUGCUCUAUUAAAUCGGUAAAUCUUAAGGUUGUACCAGUCCCUGAGAGACGAUACCCGGACUUUCCGGUUUACUACGAGAUAGGAUUAAGGCAUUGCGCUUUUGCCCUAUCACGAAACCAUUGUAAUUGUCAUUUCAAAAUGUAGCAAACGGAAGCCUGCUGCAAAAUAAUUACAGACAGCACAGCAUAGAAAGCAAUUUAAAUGAACAGGAAACACGGAUCCAAGAACUAACCAAUUACUCUCUGGCUCUGUAAUCUGCAGAGUGUUUGCUCCGAACUCGGCCGGGAUCAGAGGAGAUGAGACAUCGAAAACACGUAGAGGCGGAGGAAAAAUCAGGGCUCAUCAACAACUCACUGGAGAAAAGUGAACCUAAAACACAAAGAAACAGAUAGAAGAACACAAAGAGAGAACUUGACGACAUAAUAGCAUCAGGGAUCUUGCAGAUUUCCAUAGUCCCUGUUUUUUUACCACCAAUCCAAAUCUCCGGGUCCAAACAAAAUCCCAAGUCUAAAGUUGAGCUUGAAGUCCCCUACUACAAUACGGCUAACCAGACCUCCUAUGAACUAAUAAAUCAGUCAAAUACCCUCCUAACUAAAGAGAUAGAGCUCGAUUCUCUGGAUGGAAAAGAAUCACAUAUGCUUCCAUGCUUUGAACCUAUCUAUUAUUAGUGAGAGGAGAGAAUUACUAAAAGAGGAAGAGGAAUGGACUCACGCAAGGCGACAAAAUCACAGACGGACGACUGCUGUUGAUUUCAGGAUGGAUUGCCAGAGAUUCGCGAAGUGAAUCGAUUGAAGGAAAGGAGAACGAAAUAUAAAUCUCGCCGCUAUCCACUUCACCCUAAUUCAGAAUCUAAAGUUGCAGCAAUCCAUAUGCACAAUCAAAUCUCGGAAUUAAUAACUGAAUGAGAUCCAAAAUUAGGUCAGAGAGAUUACCAGAAGAAGCUCGAGAGAAUGUGGUAGCGAUGUAGGUUAAGAGCAGCAAUAAAAGCUUCACGGUUCA